UAGUGCUGACGGACCGAGGCGAGAUCAUUAGCGCUGGGAACUUCCACGGAGAAUACCCGGCUAAAGCGGCUGAUUACCUGGCCAUAGGAAUUCACGAAAUCGCCUCUAUGUCUGAGAGGCGGAUAGAGCGUCUCGUCAACCCAGCUCUGAGUGAACUUCCAGCAUUCCUGGUGAAGGAAGGUGGUCUCAAUUCCGGCUUCAUGAUUGCUCACUGUACGGCAGCUUCCCUGGUGUCUGAAAAUAAGGUUUUAUGUCAUCCUGCAAGUGUGGAUUCCCUGACCACUUCGGCGGGAACGGAGGAUCACGUCUCCAUGGGAGGAUUCGCUGCAAGGAAGGCCCUCACGGUCGUCGAGAACGUGGAGCGAGUCAUAGCCAUCGAACUCCUAGCUGCUUGUCAGGCCAUCGAGUUCCUCCGUCCUCUGAAGACCACUACGCCCCUCGAGGAGGUCAUCAGGGUAGUCCGCUCUACUGUCAGUGCCUGGGACAAGGACCGCUUCAUGGCUCGAGAUAUUGACGCAGCGACAGAACUCCUGAAGGAGGGCAAGAUCUGGCAUGCCGUUCGUCACCAUAUUGAACACUAUCAUCGGGUGCAGGACAUCGAGACCCGAGUCUUCUCUCCGACCAUGAGCUUCACGGGGUCAGGUCCCCCGAGGGCACAGAAAAGACCAGGGGUCAACGGUCGCAGUGGGUCACCCUCAGUCCACAAGAGGGUCAGAACCACGAGCAGGAAUUAAUACCUCAUGGUAGGAAUCAGAAUCUCAAGGAAAAGACGAACCUCUGGGGGCGAGAAACACGAACCACAAUCAGGAAUUUUAAACCUCAAAAUAGAAGCCAGAACCUCAGAGAAAAUGUUGAACCUCUGACAAGAGAAAUGCGAACCUCCAUCGGGCAAAAGAUUGAACCUCAAGUAAUAAAAGAAACUCGGGCAGAAAUUACACCUUCGGGUGAACUUCAGGAAAGGUUAGAAUACCCAGAAGAAAAUAGAACCUCAGGAAAAUUGGAACUGCAGUGAGAACAAACCUCAAGCACGAAAUAGAACCUCAAGAAAAGUAGAACCCCAGGGAGAUUCAACCACGAGCAGAACUUACAUAGAACUUUCUGUAGAAACUACCGUACGAUACAGAAUCAAGAUCAAGUAACAACGGGCUACAGGAUAAUAU